AUGGCAACGGCUCCGUUCAUUCACGCGCGCUGUUCUUACUCAUCUCGAAUCUCCAAUUUCAUCAACAAGAGUGGCUCACAUCAAAGCCCUGUUGCAUCUUCCUCUUCUCAUGCUUCUCCCUCCUCUUCUUCUUCGUCUUCCGCGUCCAAUUCCGGUACAAACAGUGGACAGAGACACCAGGGCCUAAGAGCUCAAGCUAUGAGUGCUACCACUAAUGGAAAGCCUAUUUCUAGCAUGGGAAAUUCUAGGAAUGAACCAGAUCAUCUCCUUGUUCUUGUUCAUGGUAUCUUGGCUAGCACUGCGGACUGGACUUAUGCAGAAGCAGAGUUGAAAAGGCGCCUUGGAAAGAACUUUCUAAUUUUUGUAAGUUCAUCAAAUACUUAUACCAAGACGUUUACUGGGAUUGAUGGAGCUGGAAAGCGAUUAGCUGAUGAAGUCUUGCAAGUUGUCAGGAAAACAAAAAGUCUGAAAAGAAUCUCCUUUCUGGCCCACUCUUUAGGAGGCUUGUUUUCUAGAUAUGCAAUUUCUGUCCUCUAUUCACAUGAUACCUAUAAUAGGGACCAACCUGAUGAUCUUGCACACAACAUGGAAGAAAAUUCCCAGAGCACAAGCUUUUCGAAAGGAGGGAUGAUUGCUGGGUUGGAGCCAAUCAAUUUUAUUACUUUAGCUACUCCACAUCUUGGUGUAAGGGGAAAAAGGCAGCUUCCAUUUCUGUUGGGCGUCCCAAUACUAGAAAAGAUUGCUGCACCUAUGGCUCCUUUAUUUGUUGGUCGGACUGGGAGUCAGUUGUUCCUUACUGAUGGUAAACCCAACAGACCGCCUCUUCUGUUGAGAAUGGCUUCUGAUUGUAAAGAUGGAAAGUUUCUAUCUGCACUUGGAGCAUUUAAAUGUCGCAUUAUUUAUGCUAAUGUUUCAUAUGAUCAUAUGGUUGGAUGGCGCACAUCCUCGAUAAGGAGGGAAAUGGAGCUCAGUAAGCCUCCUCGCCAAUCUUUAGAUGGAUACAAGCACGUGGUUGAUGUUGAAUAUUGCCCUCCAGUCCCUUCUGAUGGCCCUCAAUUUUCUCAAGAAGCAAUGAAAGCAAAGGAAGAAGCACAAAAUGCACCUGGUACCCAGAAGACUGUGGAAUACCAUGAAAUCAUCGAAGAGGAGGUCAUACAGGGAUUACAACAGUUGGGAUGGAGAAAAGUUGAUGUCAGCUUCCAUUCAUCAUUCUGGCCUUUCUUUGCUCAUAACAACAUUCAUGUCAAAAAUGAAUGGUUUCACAAUGCUGGUAUAGGAGUAAUUUCCCACGUGGUUGAUAGCUUGAGACAUCAAGAAGCAUCGUCAAUAUUGACUGCUAGCUUGUAA